AUGCUGUCUGUCAUCAGCUCGACCUAUUAUAUCUGCGCCUUCAUUGCGAGAUUGCUGCUGGGUCAGUACACCGAUCCAGGUGAUCCAAACUCUCCGGAUGAGCUUUGGUCGGGGUGCAGCCAGCUCAUCAUUGAGCUCAGCAUUCCUGCGUGCGGGUACUACGGCGCGCUCUACACCCACAGGACUUUGCUCUUCUUCUUUUGUGGCGCAAACUUGAUUUUUGUUGUGGCUUACAGCAUCAAUUUCUUGCGAUACGUCAUCCGCAUGGGUGGAGGGGCCGAGGCGUGUGCGCUUGAGGCAUAUGCGACGCAGCAGCGAGACUGCGAGCUUAUGCAUAGUGAUGGACCGCUUCGCUAUGUUUUCCUCGGCAGCCUCGUUGUUCUUACCUGGUUCAGCUGUCUUUCUUUUGGUGCCGGCAAGGGUCUCUAUCAGGGCCUGGCGCCUGGAGAUGGACAUCCCUAUUCGUCGAUGCCUGUGGUCGGCGAAGUGAUUGCGACGCCAGACGCCGCUCGUUUUGUAGCAGCGCCGGGCAUGCGUUGA